AUGACAACAGACUAAAGCUUUGAAUAUUUUACCACAGAUUUGUAUGUUAUGGGUGAUAACAAAGAGUCUUAAUGUGGUAUAGAUAACUAAGACUAUGUUAAUAAAUUAACCAAAAUUAAUCUACCAAUGGUAAUACGUGAAAUAGCUUGCGGGUUGGAGCAUACUUUAAUUGUGACAAGUUUUAUUGAUAUCAUUCAUUGUUAGAUGAAGGAUAAGUUUAUGCUUUUGGUUCAAAUUUGAAGGGAUAACUAGGAGUUGAAAAUAUAUCUGUAGCAUGUUCUCCAAUAUAAGUUUAGGGAAUAAACAAUUUAAAUUGUAUAAAGAUAGCAGCUGGAGAAUAUCAUUCUUGUUUAUUGACUGGUAUAAAUUAUGAAUUAAUAAAGAGAUGAAAAUUAAGGUUAUUAAUGGGGAGAUAAUAUUGUUAAACCAUAAUUCAUAAGAUAGGCUUAAAAUAUUAAGUGUGGUUUGAAUUUUACAAUCUUUUAAGAUGAUUGUCUAUAUAUUUAUAAGAAUUAAGUUUUACAAACAUUGUAAAUUCAUUCAUAAAUAUCUGAAUUUGCUUGUUCUGCAUACAAUUUAUUUUAUUUGGACAAUAAUAAUAGUUUGUUUAUGCAUCCAGAAAAUAAAUUAAUAGAUAAUGUAUCAAAUAUAUUUAGUGGUUAUUAUCUAUCUUUAUUGACUGAAGAAAAUAAGUUAUAUUACUAUUAGGAUAAAAAAUUAAUUCAAGUCAAUAUUUAAACAAAUAAAAUAGAUAGUACUUUUAGUAAAGAGUUUGCAAUUAUUUUGGAUGAGAAUAAUAAAGCUAUUAUAAUUAAUUUGAAAACGUAACAAUAAAAGGAAUAGGAUUAUGUUUUUCAUGCUAUAAGUUCUGGUGUUAAUCAUCUUAUUUUGAUUGGAAAUAUUACUAGAGGCUCAAAAUAGGAUUAAGAAUAAGAAGAAUAAGAAUAAAUUUAAGAAGCUGAUGAUGAUUCCAUUUUAGAAGAAGAUGGUAUGAGCCCAAUUAUCACAUAAAAAACUUAAUAAGAUGUAAUAUAUAGAAUUAAUCUUAGUAACUUCUAAAUACUCAAUAAAAUAAUACUUUUUCAUUUUCUAUUAGGAAGGAUCUUUAAUUGUUACAUAGUAUAAAAGUAAAUCAUAAAGAGACAUAGACUGAUGACGAUAUAUAUUAUUAAUUAAAAUAUGAAAAUGAAGAAUUAAGAAAAAUACAAUAAUAGUAAAAAAAGAAUCUAGAAAUAUAAAUCUAAUUUUAAAAAACAUUAUAAGAUUAAAUCAAUCGAUUAACAUAAGAAAAUCAUAUGUUGAAAUUAGGAUAAAAUAAAAAUCAGUUAUUGAGUUUAAUCAAAUAAAAGCAGUAAAAUCUAAGAAAUUUGAUUGAUGAAUUUUACUAUAAAUAAAGGGAGUUUCUUGAAUAAAAAAAAUGA